AUGCCUGGACCUCCAACUCCCGUGCUCAACCGCCCUCUUGUGUAUCUUGAGAUACGUGAUGGCGAAUCUACCAGGGCGUACAAUUCCCCCUUUUCGCACGGCGCUCUUACCUUGACAAUCGAAGGCGAAAGGCAGAUCGAUACGGAAUUGGGUGCGCUGAUUGUGCUCAUUCGCAAAGAUGUGCAGCAAGUGGUUUCCCUUCGACUUCCUGUGGCAGAAGGAGGUGCGCAAUCCGCCAGCGACAUGGUCACCAUCAACAAUCAAGCUAGUAGACUGUGUAUUUACCUCCCUGGAAAGCCCCAGGCAAUUCUUGUGCAGUUCGAGGAGAAGAGAGACUUUAACGUUGCUGUCUGCCUGUUGCAGAAAGCCGGCUUCCGUGUUAGCGACACGAUACCAAUUUCACUCCUCACAGAUCAAUCAAUUCCUGAUAUUACGUCAAACUAUGGUCCGCUAUUAUCGUCGACUGCAGCCCACUCUCUCUUGCCGUCAAAUACGCUGAGAAAGCCAGAGACUCAACUUGACCCAUCAUUUACUGCAAUGUUCAACGCCCCCUACCAACCUUCUUCUAUAUCGGGGUUUCCAAACUCUCGGACUUUACAUACUCAAAGACAUGUCUCGGUCCCUGCUCACCCAUAUUCCGCCGCUAAUGGGAUAGUAAGCACACCGCCAGCUGCGGUACACUUGAACCCAUAUAACAUGUUCCUUGGAGGAGGAGACACAUACCCGCACAUGCCUCGCAUCAGCUCACCUCUCAGAAAUUCAGUUGUGCCCAGUACACCGUCAGCUCAAUCGUUCAGGCAAGGUAUCGAGUCGCAUUCUUUUCCAAACUCGCUAUCCCCAGGUUCCUGGUCGUCGCCUAACACUCUGAUGCAUAGCGAGUUCAGACCAGGCAGCCUUACGCAGUCCCAGGUCAACAACUCCAGCAGCCAAAGAUCUAUCCCGUCGCUGAGGAGAGAAGCAACAGAGGAACUGAUACAAGACCGGUCCUCUCAAGAUGAAUCACAGGAAUACCGGAAUUUGAUGCCCCAACCAAGAAAGCUCCCCUUUGAGUCCAGGAAAAAGGACAAUAAGGCAAGCGGAAAGUUUGGGCCGCAGGAUACCACCCCGGUCGAGGCUGGUAAAGGUCCCAGAACCAGAAAGAUCGGAGCACCAGCUGGUUCCUCAGGAAGGAUAACUGGCGACAGGAGGAAAGCCCAAACUACAAUCGGGUCUCGCAAGAGAGCAAAGGGUGAGAACCGCCAGUCAAUCUUGCAGGGCGUAGUAAUAGAAGAGCCUGAUGUUCUGUCGGAUGCAGACCAAAGACAAAGUGAUGACGCUACGAUCUCUAUUCCAGAGGUUAAGCGUUCCAAAAGAAACCCCAAACGAAAUGCAUACAAAGACAUCCAGUGCCAGACAGAAAUUCCCUCGGGACCGAAUGUCUUGGAAGGCUCUCUAGAAACUGCCAACUUGGACAGACAGUCUCCAGGGCAUGAUAUCUCGCCUCUACUUGUUGUUACUGAUCCCGACGCUUUGAAGGCCUUACAUGAAGCGACUGUAACUUUAUUCGAAGAGUACGAGACAGAGCUUGCCAGCUGUAAGGACCACACCCGGCAUGCAGAACUAUACUUGGAACGGAUUUGGGAGAAGAGGAGGGACUUUUGGUUGAAACGGCUUCAGGACAGUAAGGAUGUGCAAUGUUACUGCCAGGCAGACGAAAUCCUUUCACCACUGGAUACCGCUGUUUGA